AUGGCCCCCUCAGCCUUGGCCAUCUGCUGCCUCCUGGGGGGCCUCCUGCUCUGUGGGGGUAACCCCAGCCCUGGUGUGCCCCGCCUGAGGCUCUCCUACCGAGACCUCCUGUCUGCCAACCGCUCUGCCAUCUUCCUGGGCCCCCGCGGCUCGCUGGACCUCCAGGCCAUGUACCUGGACGAGUACCGAGACCGCCUCUUUCUGGGGGGCCUUGAUACCCUCUACUCUCUGCGGCUGGACCAGGCCUGGCCAGAUCCCCGGGAGGUCCUGUGGCCACCACAGCCAGGACAGAGGGAGGAAUGUGUUCGAAAGGGAAGAGAUCCUUUGACGGAGUGUGCCAACUUCGUGCGGGUGCUGCAGCCCCACAACCGGACCCACCUGCUGGCCUGUGGCACCGGGGCCUUCCAGCCCAUCUGUGCCCUCAUCACUGUUGGACACCGUGGGGAGCACGUGCUCCGCCUGGAGCCCACCAGUGUGGAGGGUGGGCGGGGGCGGUGCCCGCACGAACCCAGCCGUCCCUUCGCCACCACCUUUGUAGGCGGGGAGCUGUACACGGGCCUCACUGCUGACUUCCUGGGGCGCGAGGCCAUGAUCUUCCGAAGUGGGGGUCCCCGACCAGCCCUGCGCUCUGACUCUGACCAGAGCCUCUUGCAUGAGCCCCGGUUCGUGAUGGCCGCCCGGAUCCCUGACAACUCUGACCAAGACAAUGACAAGGUGUACUUCUUCUUCUCGGAGACUGUCCCUUCCUCUGAUGGCAGCCCAGGUCAUGUCACCAUCAGCCGCGUGGGCCGAGUCUGUGUGAAUGAUGCCGGUGGCCAGCGGGUGCUGGUGAACAAAUGGAGCACCUUCCUCAAGGCCAGGCUGGUGUGCUCGGUGCCCGGCCCUGCAGGUGCUGAGACCCACUUUGACCGGCUAGAGGACGUGUUCCUGCUGUGGCCCAAGGCAGGGAAGAGCCUCGAGGUAUACGCACUGUUCAGCACCGUCAGUGCUGUGUUCCAGGGCUUCGCCGUCUGCGUGUACCACAUGGCAGACAUCUGGGAGGUCUUCAACGGGCCCUUUGCCCACCGAGAGGGUCCUCAGCACCAGUGGGGGCCCUACGGGGGCAAGGUGCCCUUCCCCCGCCCUGGCGUGUGCCCCAGCAAGAUGACCGCGCAGCCAGGGCGGCCCUUUGGCAGCACCAAGGACUACCCAGAUGAGGUGCUGCAGUUCACCCGAGCCCACCCACUUAUGUUCCGGCCUGUGCGGCCUCAGCAUGGCCGCCCUGUCCUUGUCAAGACCCACCUGGCCCAGCAACUGCGCCAGAUUGUGGUGGACCGUGUGGAGGCGGAGGAUGGCACAUAUGACGUCAUCUUCCUAGGGACUGACUCAGGCUCUGUGCUCAAAGUCCUUGCCCUCCAGGAAGGGGGCUCAGCAGAGCCCGAGGAGGUGGUUCUGGAGGAGCUCCAGGUGUUUAAGGUGCCAACACCCAUCACCGAGAUGGAAAUCUCUGUCAAAAGGCAAAUGCUCUACGUGGGCUCUCGGCUGGGUGUGGCCCAGCUGCGGCUGCACCAGUGUGAGACUUAUGGCAGUGCCUGUGCAGAGUGCUGCCUGGCCCGGGACCCCUACUGUGCCUGGGACGGCACCUCCUGUACCCGCUACCGCCCCAGUCCCAGCAAGCGCCGGUUCCGCCGCCAGGACAUCCGGCACGGCAACCCUGCCCUGCAGUGCCUGGGCCAGAGCCAGAAAGAGGAGGCUGCGGGACUUGCAGUCACCACGGUCUAUGGCACAGAGCACAACAGCACCUUCCUGGAGUGCCUGCCCAAGUCUCCCCAGGCUGCCGUGCACUGGUUCUUGCAGAGGCCAGGGGAUGAGGGGCCUGACCAGGUGAAGACGGACGAGCGAGUCCUGCACGUGGAGCAGGGGCUGCUGUUCCGCAGGCUCAGCCGCCUCGAUGCAGGCACCUACACCUGUACCACGCUGGAGCACGGUUUCUCCCAGACUGUGGUUCGCCUGGCUCUGGAGGUUAUCGAGGCCUCGCAGCUGGACAGCUUGUUCCCUCGGGAGCCAAGGCCAGAAGAGCCCCCAACCCGGGCAGGCCCGGCCCCUGCGCCCCCCAAGGCCUGGUACAAAGACAUCCUGCAGCUCAUUGGCUUCGCCAGCCUGCCCCGGGUGGAUGAGUACUGCGAGCGCGUGUGGUGCCGGGGCAGCGGGGAGUGCUCGGGCUCCUUCCGGAGCCGGGGCCGGGGCAAGCAGACUAAGGGCAAGAGCUGGGCCGGGCUGGAGCUGGGCAAGAAGGUGAAGAGCCGGGUGCAGUCUGAGCACAACCGGACGCCCCGGGAGGUGGAGGCCACGUAGGAGAGGGCAGACGAGGGGCGGUCAGGAUGGGCCAAGGAGCCCAGUAGCAGCCCCCAGCAUCUCCCACCCACCCGGCUGGGGCAGAGGGGGCCAGGACAUCUGACCGCCUCUUAGAGA